AUGGAUGUAGAAUUGGCACACCAAGAACUCAUCCAGCGACCCCGUAACAUAGCUCACUGCUGGGCACCAAUUUUACGUGAACUGGAAGUUAACAAGCCUUUCAAGACCCCUAGCAUUAUAGAGUUCUUUUCUUUAAGAACACCAACAGCCAGGAAAGUACUACGAGUCAUUAACUGCAACCCAAGCAGUCAUGCAGACAGGCAGUGCUUUGAUUUCUUGAAAAAGUUCAUUAGAUCACUAGAUGCAUCUGCACUAGAAACUUUCUCAAAAUUCAUUACUGGUAGCGAUAGCAUGCCGAGUAGUAGUGGUAUCUUUUUCCUCCAUAGAUGGGUAUGCUUGCAGACCCAUAGCCCACACCUGUGGACAACAUUUGGAGUUGCCUCACACAUACCAGUCCUAUGGUGA